AUGGCAAGUAGGGUACCGCCGGCCGGUCACUCGUUGCAGCCGCCUUCACGGUCUUGGGCCCAAAUCACCUCUCAAGCCACUUGUACUAUUGCUGGAUCCCCUCUUCACAAUCUAGAGAUCCUAGGUAGAAUUAAAGCUUCUUCCUCUCAGUUUGUCCGAGUGGACGAUGAGGCACUGGGUCGAGCUCGUAUGAAGUUCCAAAACUCUUUAUAUGGUAAGUUCUUUGGCAAACCCCCUUCAUUCGACGAAGUGAAGCUGAUUCUUAUGGCUAAGUGGGUUGAUAUUGGCGAGGUAUGUAUCUCUGACCUCCCUAAUGGUUUCCUAUUGAUCCGCUAUGGGUCUCACUCAGUCAUGCAGAAGCUCCUUCAUGAUGGACCUUGGUCUAUCAAUGGCAUCAUUCUUCAGCUUUCUCCCUGGAAGCCGUUCUUUGAGCCAGCGUUUGCCAAGCUCAAUAAGGCUGCGAUUUGGGUUCAACUUCAUAAUCUCCCUUUGGAAUUUUGGGAUGGAGAAACUCUUGAAUCUCUUACUACUCAUCUUGGUCCUCUCUUGAAAGUGGAUGAACUCAUCAUAUCUUUGUCUCGGUCUAAAUUUGCUAGAUUGUGUAUUGAGAUAGAUAUUUCUAAAUCUCUGUGUCGAGGUUUCUGGGUUGGGGACAGUGAUCAUCGUGUUUUUGUUCUAGUUUUGUAUGAGAGGCUUCCAACCUUCUGCUAUUCUUGUGGGAUGAUUGGCCAUGGGUAUAGUUCAUGUCCUGGAGUAACAGUAGUUGGAACCGGCGGAAACCAGCCACCCCUUCGUUCUCAACGGAGGCCGGAGGUAGGUUCCAGCUCGGGUACGGAUAUUGCUGCUCGGACGAUGGACUUGGACGAUAUUGGCCAUGACCCUCCGAAAUCUUGUAUCGCGGUUGAUCCUCUAUCCUUCUCGUUGGAAUCGGACUUUGGGCCCUAG